UCUCCUGGCCGUUUUGGCAGCUGCUCUUGGUUGGGGCCAUCCCUCAUUUAAGGCAGGAGGAUGGUGGCUGUGAAGAAGAUGAAAAAGUCAUUGGAGUCAAUUAACUCUAGCCUCCAACUCAUUAUGCAAAGUGGAAAGUAUAUGCUGGGGUACAAGCAGAUUCUGAAAAUGAUCAGACAUGGCAAAGCGAUGCGGGUCAUCCUCGCCAACAACUGCCCAGCCUUGAGGAAAUCUGACAUAGAAUACUAUACCAUGUUGGCCAAAACUGGUGUCCAUCACUACAGUGGCAAUAAUAUUAAAUUGGGCACAGCAUGUGGGAAAUACAACAGAGUAUGCACACUGGCUACCAUUGACCCGGGUGAUUGUGAUACUACUAAAAGCGUGCCAUAA